AUGUAUUUUUUAGUGAGGAGCGCCGGGCGCAGAGGCGCGUUCCGGCGGACAGCCAGGUUUCAGUCAACGGCCACGAAAGUGGUCAACACACGGACGCUUGUGCUGCGCAUUCCUGAGUAUGAGCCCGGGGACGAGCCUCUGCCGGGGGCACCAGACGAGCCGGCCGCCGGUGGCGUGGACAGCGGCCCGGGCCAGGAGACGUGGGACACGGUGGACUGGUUUCUGGGCGACAGCCACGCUGUCGAGCCGGUGCCGGUCGUCUACGACUCCAAGGCGGUGCUUCCCAGCAGCAAGCAGGACCAGCUUAUGGCGAAACUGGCGGGCAAGUACGACGCUCAGUACCUGCCGCGCAACCAUUUCGCGCCGGGCACGCCGCUGCAGCAGCUGGAGUCGCUCAGCGCGGGCAAACCGGGCCAGAUCCGGCUGUCAGUGACGAAAAUACUCACUGGAGCGUACUGCGAGCUACAGAAAAUGUACCAGCUGUACAUGGGCGUGACGGAGGUGCCGCAGACGCGGGAGAUGCUGCGCGGGUCGCAGGAGCACGAGCAGAUCGAGCUAAAGACGCAUCCGGUGGCGGAAGUGCGCGUGGACAACAAGACUGUCAGGGUCGACCAGACAGUGCGGCUGAAACCGUCUGUCGCGGCGGACGUGCCCGUGACGGCGCCGUUGCCGGACGAGCUGGCGCAGAUAUACAGACUCUUUGUGGACGAGAGUUUUGAGAAGUCGGUCGCGCACCAGUGGUCGCGCAACGUGUCGCGGCUCGCGCAACUGGUGGCGUUCGGCUCUGCGCGCGAGAUCCUCGUCCACGCCUACUACGGCCAGCGGCGACAGCAGCUUUACGUGGGGGGCGAACCAGAAGUGGGGGUACAAGAUGACGUGCGUCCGGAUCUGGUGCUCAUCAGCGGGGUGAUCGACCUGCUCUCUUUGGCAGGCGACGAAACGGCAUUUUCGCUGUACCAGCGCGAGCUCGAGGCGCAGCUGGACAACCCGCUGGACCUCGCGCAGCUCGUUGCCGGCGUCAGCGCCACGGCGGCCUCGUGGUCGGACCUGCUCGAGCUGCACGUUGCCGACCUGAAAACCAGGUCCUACAGAAAACUGCCCCCGCCCGCCACGCAGCAGCUCAACUUUGUCCAGGUGGCCAUGUACGCGCGGUUUCUGGAGGUGCUGGCGCAGGACCCGGCAGAAACAUACCGGAUGCUGCUGCUGAAUUUACGCAAACGCAACAUCGACCCAGCCACGGUGCUGGACCCCUCGUUGGUGGUAUAUUUGCUGCUAAACAACAACUAUCUAAUUGCCGACCUGCAUCGGCUGCAACAGGGCCAGGACAUCGGGUUUGCGCCGUUUGACGCUGCGGUCGCGAACAGACCGGCGGAAAACUACACCUUGGGCUGUUUGGAGCCGGUGUUCCGCAGCAAUACUGCCGAUCCACGCCUGAAAACGCUGCAGGAAAGUGUGCCUUCGCAGCUGGCGCUCGAACAGUGGACGCGCGUGCCCACGUUCGAGCUGCUGGCCGCGCGGACAGCGCAGCUGCUCGGCACGCUGCGCCAGUUCAACAUUGCGCAAACGGCCGUUGACUACUCGCACCAGGGCGACAUCUUUUCCAGCACAGCCAGGCCGUACAAUAGGGAGUUCGCCGACCACUCGAUCGCGACGGGCAUGGACCUCUGGCUCGCCAAAAGAGCACCGCUCGGGCCUGCGUACAAGAGCCUGUGCCAGACCUGCGAGUUUGCCCCGCGCUGCGGCUAUCUCCACGCGCUAUCGUGA